AUGCGGGGCUGGCGCGGCCGCCCUGGGUGUACGCUCAGCAACAGGGCACCUGGCACGCGGCUCUCACCGUCUGUGUGCGGCACCAGCGCAGCGCUACGGUCGACUCACAGCUUGAGGAUCGCGGCACGAUUGAAUUGCCGGUCUGCGAGUGUCCGUGUGUCGGCGGCCAGGCCGGUGAAGUGCGGCGCAGGGAGGAGCGUGCGCAGCAUGCCGCGCACGAACCAGCGGCUUAGAUUGCUGUGCCUCCACUCCUUCCAAACAGAUGCGUGGAUCCUCGACUCCCAGCUGCGCCUCGCCGGCUGGACAAGCGACGCAGGCGACGGCAUCGGCGACCUCGCGGAGCUCGUCACGAUGGACGCGCCGCACGUCAACGCGGGCGGCGGCGGCGACGACGUCGCCGAGCGCCUCUCCGCGGUCCUGGCCGCGCGCGCGGACCGCGACGGCGUCGAGCUCGCGCGCCACCCCGACCGCCACAGCCCCAGGCAGUGGUGGGACGCGCGCGCGGCGGUCCAGGCCGCGAAGGCAGGCGGCGGGAAGAGCGUCAUCGAAUACGACGGAUUCGAUGCGUCGCUGGAGGCGGUGCGGCGGUUCGUGGCGUCGCGGGGGCCCUUCCACGGCGUGCUCGGGUUCUCGCAGGGCUCGAUCAUGGCCGCCGCGAUCCUCGCCGCGCAGCACCGCGACCGGCACACCCCCCUGUUGCUGCCUCCGUCGCUGGGCAUCAUCAUUUCGGGGUUCGCGCCGCGGGACAAGUCGGUGUGGCUCGGGCGGGACGACGGCACGCUGCCGUACCCGACGGUCCACGUGAUCGGGCUCGCCGACAAGGUGGUCCCCCCCGCGGCGUCACGCAGUCUGACGCAGUGCUUCACAGACCCCCUGGUGGUGGAGGUCGAGGGGGUGGGGCACCGCGUGCCGCGGCUAGAGGGCCCGCACCUCGACGCGGUGCGGGCCGCGCUCGUUCGGGCGCAGGACGCGGCGGCAGCGCACUUACAAACACCAGAGCGCUCGGCCAUGUGA